AUGAUGAAGUUUUCCUCCGAGGUGUAUCAGCCAAUUCUGUUAUACGUCGAUAUGAGACCCAUCCAAUUUGGCGUAAGGGACCUGGAAAAGCGCCAAACGCCAUGGCCGUCAGUGCUUGCAGCAGCAUUCAUGCUUGCGCUCACAGGAGUUCAAAUGAGCAUCUACUUUAUGUCAACGUGGCAGUAUCUCAGAGAAAUUGAUUCAACGGCUACAAUAAACUUUUUCGGUUGGAUCGUUGCAGCGUGUAGUCUUGGAUGCGCUAUUGCCAAUCCCUUAUUCGGUUACUGGAAUCAGAGGACGUUAUCAACAAAAUCUCCAAUCACGUUUGGUUUCGGCAUUUGCGCUCUUGGUUGGUUCGGUUAUUACAUUGGUUCCGCUCGAAAGCAUGGAAAUUUGCUGUAUGCCUUGCUUCCUCUGCUUUCUCCAGAAGUGAAAUGGUACAUGUUAGCAGCGAGAUUCCUCACAGGCUUUGGAGCA